AUGUAAAACUAAAAUAAGUCAUUUUUUGAUUAAGAAACCUGUUUGGCUGAAAUUGAAUUACCAACUGAAUGGAGACAUUAAUUCUUGAAAUGGACAAAAAAAUUAGAAAAGUAAGAUAAAUAUUAAGAGAAAUUGAAGGCUAGUUUAGAAAUAAAAAACAAUGAAUAUUAUUUAAUUUUAGAAGAUGAAAAAUAAUCAAUUAGAAUGAAUAUAAGUGAAUUAAAAUAACCUAUGAAUAAAUGCAACUUAUUAAUACCAUCACCUCCUUAUAAUGAAACAAGAGAUAUUUAAUUCACAGGUAUUUUACCAUACAAAACGAAAGCAAAAAUUGAAAAUAAUAAAAAAGAUGUUCGAAAUUUGUAAAUAAAUUUUUUACUUUUAUUGUAGAGAUAACUAAAAUUACUCUAAUAGUUCAGAAAACAAAAAUUAUUCUUAUAGUUCAGAAAUAGAGCAAAGCGAAAGUGAAAAGGAAUAUUGGGAAUAUUAAAUUUAUGAUUAACUCUAAUUAUCUCAUUUAGGUAAUUUAAAUUAUAUUAAUUUAGAAAUUAAAUAACCAUAAUAAGUGAAAGAGAAAAAACCUGCAGAAGUUUAUGAUAAAUAAACUUUAAAGUUAAAUUUAAUUGAAUUUUUGAGAACUACAGGUGAAAAGGGAGCAAAUAUUCAAGAAAUAAAAUAAUGUUAUAAAUUCCAAGAUGUUUCAGAUGUAUUAGAUAAUCUAAAUAAUAGAAACAUUUAAAAGAUGUAUUAAAAUCUUUUGCAAAAACAACUUAGAAAUCUAGUAAAAUAAUUUAUUUGUUACCUUCUACCUUGUAAAUUUGA